AUGAAGCUCUCGUUCUCUAUCAAGGCAAGGCCUAAGAAUACUCCUAAGCAUCCGAAGCAUAAGCCUGUACCAACGACAGAGCAGAGGACUCGUCUUGUUAGCAUGUCAGCAUCUGGUGUGAUGAAGACAGAUAAAGCACCCGCUCCAGAGCAUAAAGAAUUCAUAAUACCAUGUCUGCAUCGGUUAGAGCCUAAGCAGGGUAAGCAUACUAUACUAAACGCCCCUAUUGAGGCUACUACUAUCAAUCCAGGAGCAAGGCCCUCCUCUUCGACAUCUCCCAUCGAACUUGAAGGCGCUGAUUCGGAAGAUGCCCAGGCCAAUUCGGGAACUCUUCAGUGA